AUGACUGUCCUCCUCACAUAUGGGCUGGACACAGGAAAGGAGAGCCCAGCCUUCUGAAGCAAAACGGUCUCCCAGGCCCUGGACACCGCCCAGAAGCUGCAGCCCAUCCACAUGGACAGACAGGUGCCUGACAGCGUGGACACGGCCACCACAUACUUGUGUGGGGUUAAGGGCAGGUACAAGACCAUCAGCCUGAGCGCAGCGGCCGUGUUUGACCAGUACAACUUGACGUGGGGCAACGAGGUCAACUCUGUGAUGUUCCGGGCCAAGCAGGCAGCUGUGUGGAAGUCCAUUGGGGUGAUGACCACCACCUGCGUGCAGAAAGCCCCUCCUGCAAGCGCCUACACACACACUGUGAACCGAGACUGGUUCACCGGCGCCGACAUGCCCCAGGAGGCCCUGGACAUCGCCUCCCAGCUGGUCACCAAUAUGGACAUCGACGUGCGUGUACCCUGGGGUGGGCCGCUGCAAGUGCAUGUUCCCCGGGGGAUCCCGGACCUCGAGUACCCUGAUGACCCUAAGGCAGGGGUCAGGAAUGACAGAUGUGACCUGGUGAAAGAGUGGCUGGACAAGCAACAGGGAAGCCAGUAUGUGUGGAACCACCAGGGGCUGCUGGAGGCCAUGGAGGACCCCAGUGUGAUGCAUCUGAUGGGCCUCUUUGAGUCAUGGGAAAUGAAGUAUGAGAUGUACAGAGACCAGGCCCAGGACCCAUCCCUACAGAAGAUGGUGGAGGCCGCCCUGCACCUACUCGGCAGGAACCGGGGCUUCUACCUCGUUGUGAAGGGGGGCCGCAUCAACCAAGCCCACCACAAUGGCAAAGCCCACCUGUCACUGACUGAAGCUGUCACAUUUGACUCAGCCAUUGAGCAAACGGGCCAGCUCACCAACAAGGACACGCUGACCCUCGUCACCACCAACCACUUCCACGUCUUCACCAUGGGCAUCCAUCUUUGGUGGUGUCUGUCCCCCGAGAAGGAGUUCCACAGGGUUCAGAGGGCUGCCUCCCAGGGGCCGGUGGCACAGCCUUGCACCUUCAGACGGGGCCCACCGCUGGGUGUCACUUCUUCCUGA